ACACGCAUUGUCCUCCGUUCGUCUAGGAUAAACACCCACUCCGAGUUCCUUUUUUAUUUUUCAUUUAACUCCUAGCACCGUGUUGGGACAUCUGUUUUGCACUUCUAAUUUGUCCAUUUGACGUGCCUUCUUGGCCACAUUUUUUUUUUAAAUAAAAAAAUUGCUAUCUCUAUUACUGACACAUUGAGCGACGACUGUAGAUAUCGUUCGAUAUCCCGGCAGAGAAUGUUAAGCCAAUUUGUGAUCCUGCUCUGCGCAACGUCCACCGUUUUCAGUGACCGCCUCGAUGAAGCUGAUAAGGGCAACGAACUGCAGUCGGAGGAGAGAUGCAACUUGCCACCCGUUAAACCCGACUCGUUCAUUUGUUCGCUAACCAUAAUUCCAUCGUGGACUUUCAACUCCAAGGCCGGAGAGUGUCAGAGCUACGCGUAUGGAGGAUGCGGCAAAACGUCCAACCUUUUUGCCUCCCUGGAAGAAUGCAAAACAGCCUGCCUGAAAGAGAAGGCAAGCCUUCCAAAUUCUACUAUCAGCGUUCGUCAAAACGCUACGGUGAAAUCUAGCCGCGGAGUCUGUCGCUAUCGUGAUGUUACCUACAUUAUAGGUCAAGAAAUUUUACAAAUCAACCAAGACGAUGCAUGUAAAACGGACUGCAAAUGCGGGGCGAGUGAUAACCAAGAACAACUUUUUAGUAAAGGAGGAGCUACUAUCAAAUGUAACCAAAUCUCAUGCGAUGAACCUCUCCCUCCACAGGAAGAAGGUUGCGUCCUAGUCACGUUACCCGGUGCUUGUUGUCCGUCCAUCAAAUGCCCCGAACGAAGUUUAGCUGGUGUGGGUCCUUCGGACGACAUUUGCGUCUACAACGGUAAAGGUUACCUAAAAGGACAAUCGAUUCCUACCGGCGAGAUUUGCAGAAAGUGUACCUGUGUUAAAGGAUUCUACGGUUUGUUUGGUCCUGGUUGUCAGGAGGUGCAUUGUAUAUUAGACGACCGCAUUGGAUGCACCCCUGUUUACACUCCUGGAAUUUGUUGCCCAACCAGUUACAAGUGCAAUUCACCUAUAACAGAAGUUUUCCCUCAGAUAAAAUCAGAUCUUUCCCGCAUCAAAUGGGGACAUGGAAUAAACAGCAGAAUCCAGCUCUACAAAUCCCUUCAUGGACGUGACAUGAUGAUUGAGGCAGACGUUUCUGUCGGUACCAUCACAGGUGGCGACGCUACGAUUAUGCCAAUCAUGGCUCAUCCACCUUUGAACACAUCGGAUUUGAGCUUAGAAGAAUUUCUAGAUACUAUUCUCGAUAGUAAUACAACUAAAGGCAUCAAACUUGACUUUAAGGAUUUGGAAGUAGUCGAACUAUCCUUGGUUGCCAUCAAAUCACGGGCUAGCAAAAUCAUCGGACCUCUGUGGUUAAACGCGGACAUCCUACCAGGACCGGUGAACGCCUCCACGAAACCAGUUGAGGCUUUGCGGUUUCUCAGUUUGGCAAAAGAUUAUUUUCCCGAUGCAGUUCUCUCUGUUGGCUGGACUACUAGGUUUGGCCCGCAAAUGGCUUGGCCGUUGCAAAUCAUCAACGAAGGAUCGUACACCCUGGAGCAUGUGGCUCAAAUGCGGGACGCUCUGAAAGCGGCUCAAAUACGACAGCCCGUUACUUUUCCAGUUCGGGCAGGCUUGUUAACUUCGUCCGAAUCUCAGAAAAACAUCCUGUGGUUACUCGAGGAGAUUGAGGGUAGUACCCUGACCAUCUGGAGUUCCCAAUAUGACACCGUAGAUGUACCCGCAUUAAUGAAGCUCGUGAAUCAUAUCGGAAAAGAAAAUAUUUACGUUGACGUUCCUAGUGGAUUGAACUGCGAGAUCCAACAUUAUGACGAACAGUUCUAUUAAACCUCCACCAGGUUACUAACUAUUUUUAUUUGAGGAGCAGUAAUUUUACAGUGCAAUAGACGACGCGAUGUCACAUUAAUGCUUUACCAGAUAGGACAUGAUAUAAAAAUGAAAUUCUUGUAACUUUAGUUCUCACGAUAUGAAAGCUGGGAUUUCAUUAUAUACUCUGACAUAUCAG